AUGUCAGAACACUUGAGACGAAGAAUAGAGGCAUUAAAGUCACGGAAAGCCACAACGGAGGAUUCUGUGGCCAGUCUAUCGUCAACAGCCGUAUCUGCACCCAUAUCCACUGGACCAACAAACACUACCACAACAGCAACAGCAACAGCAACAGCAAUAGCAGCAGGAACAUCAUCAACAUCAACAGCAGCAGCAGCAGCAGUACCAUCAACAACAUUUUCUCCACCACCCUUGUCGUCCACAUCAACUGGUAAAACUGCAGCGUCUAUUCCUAUUAGUAAUUUACCCCCAGCCUUUGUAUCACCACAUACUGCAGUGGUGAAAUAUAGAGAUACUGUAAAAGAUCCACUGUGUGCGAAAUUCACCACAAGACAUGCUGUAAAACUGCUGGAGACUGUAUUGCGGUCUCAUAAGAAUAAUACAAAACGACGAAAGCGUGAACGUUCCUCUGAUAUUGAUAAUGACACUGAAAUACAAGAAGGAAAGGAGCAACAAGAAGAAGAAGAAGAAGAAAAAGAACAGAAUGAUGGAGAUCACAUGGUAGAAAUCAAGAAUACAAAUAAAGAAAAUCUUGUCUCCAAUGUUGAUUCCUACACCUCUACUGUAAUCUCUUAUUUCUUACCUGAAGUAGCAGAAAAGUGUUUUAUUUUUAGUGAGGAAACAGAAUUAAAGGAGGAAGAAGAUACCAAUAAGGGUUCCUCACUAUGUUCUCACAGUACAAUAACUGGCGGAAUUAAUAGAUGCAGAAAAGAUUUUGGACAUAUUUUGGUUUCUGGAAAACGGCGGUUGCCGUGUCGUUCAGUGGAGGAAUAUGAACCAAGAGCACGUAUUGCACAAGGCGUGUAUGGAGUUGUAAUCAGUGCAGUGGAAACUCCAUCUUCUAUUAUGAAUACUUCAGGUGGGAAGUCUAAUAAUAAUAAUAAUAAUAAUAAUAAAGAGGAGGUAAAAUAUGCACUCAAGCAGGUAAAGAAACAAUGGCUUGAGGAAUCACGAAUUGGUUUUCCUCCUUAUUUACUGCGUGAGUUUGACCUUCUUCUACGACUACGACAUCCUAAUAUUGUACGUGCACGAGAAGUGGUUAUUCAGGAAAAAAGACAAGAAGCAACGAAGCCAACACGUGUUAUCGUAGCAGGAGGAGUAGGAGGAGGAAUAGGAGUAGAAGGGGGAAAUAUGAAUUCACAUACUAUGAAAGAUGCAGUUACUCUUCAAGAAAUGACAGAUUUGGUACUAAAUGAGAAAAACAAUAAUAACAUGAUUAACGGCAAUAGUACCAACAAUCAUAAUAAUAAUAAUAAUAACAAUAAUAAUAAUAGUAAUAAUAAUAACAAUGGUAAUAAUAAUAGUAAUAAUAAUAAUAAUAAUGGUAAUAAUAAUAAUAGUAAUAAUAACAGUAAUAGGAAUGGAAAAAACAAUGGUAUUCUUAUUUCAAACCAAGAGAAGGUGAAUACAGAUGGAAUACAGUCACGUCAUCAAGGUACAGAUGAGUGGAAAACAGUCUAUCUUGUAAUGGAAUAUUGUCCAUACGAUCUCAAAUCUUUCCUUUCCCUUCAUAAUGAAAAAGGUGUAUAUUUACACUUAAGCUCCCGGAACAAACAUCCAGAUGCUCGAAAGAAUUUUUUGUCUCGAGUGAAAUGUAUUAUGCAACAGCUCUUUCAGGCACUUUCUUUUCUUCAUGAGCAUCGUAUUUUACAUCGUGAUAUCAAAACUUCCAACAUUCUUAUUAGUCCACAAGGUAUUGUCAAGCUCUGUGACUUUGGCCUUGGCCGUUUAUACACUGAAGGACAGGAACUCACUGCAAAUGUCGUUACACUUAUUUACCGUGCACCGGAAUUACAUUUUGGCGUUCGGGACUAUUCACAUAAAAUGGAUGUGUGGUCUUUAGCUUGUAUCAUGGCAGAACUCUUCCUUAAAUUACCAUUGUUUCCUGCCGAAGAGGAAACCAAACAUUUUGCAGCUAUCUGUGAUGUGAUUGGUAUUCCUACGGAAGAAACAUUUAGUGGAUUAUAUAAGAUGCCAGAACUUGCACGUAUAAUGCGUACACUCACACGGUUUAAUCGUGUAAAUACACUUCGUCAAGUGUUUGAGAAAUCUCGACAUGCGGGUGCAUCUACACUUCCAGAAAGUGGAUUUGAUUUACUGCAGCGAAUUCUACGAUGGAAUCCACUAGACCGUUUAUCCGCCCGAGAGGCAUUGGAACACCCAUUCUUUUAUGAAGAUCCAUUGCCGUGUGAACCGGCGGAAUUACUAAAGCCAAUGCCAACUGCAAUGAUAUCCACAUCUUCAAUAUCAACAACAAUAUCAACAACUACUGUGGGAGAUGGGAAACGUGAUGUUGCUGUUGUGAUGACACAGCAAGGAGGAAAUACGGUUGGGGAAUCUAAUCAUCAUCAUCAUCAACAACAAGAACAACAACAACCGCCUCCAACGGCAUCUCUGCAGAAAACGGAGGGUAUUGAUAGGAAUGAAGGCAUGGCGAUUCCUCCUCCUCCUCCAACAACAACAACGACAACACACCAUACGAAUACCACAACUAGGACCACUACAGACAUCUGCAGUCACAGCAGUACUGCGGUGAUGAAUGCUGGUGGUCUUCUCUCUGAAGAGAAGCCUGAACACGCAUUGUCAUCAGGAGAGUCAGGAACAAUAAAAGACACAACACGUCCAAACGAUUUAAAUGAUGCCCAACGUGAGAUGAGACAAAACAGUAUGGAAGAGAAUAAUCAGAUUAGUGGCUUCAAUUCUCCAUCAGAGUAUUGA